UGGAGCUAGCUUGCUAUAACAUUCUGUUGAAUCCUGUCCAUCCAUUCGGUGUUUCUGAUUAAGUAGGAUAUUAGCUUUCAAAAUCUGUCCCUACUUUUUCAAUGUGACCACAUCGGGGAAAGUUUGGGGCAAUUUCCUCUCGGCAAAAAAAUCAUAAUUUUUUAACUUUUUGGCAAGUUUUAGGAAUUUUGACUUAUUGACAGCGAGUUACAUUCAGCCAAAAAAUAAUUUUCUGCAGAAGAUGAUGACCAAUGACCAUGGAUUCCAAAAUUCAUUUGGUCCAGUUUUUCGUGUACGUAUUUUGGUCAGUGGGGUCAUUUAUAGUGAAGAAUUUAGGGUCAUUUCUUUUCUGACAAAUCCCUGAAUUUUUUGGGAAACUUGCUUGUCACUUUUAAUUUGAAGCCAUAUCAGACUUCCUGACCCUUGACUGAAUAGAAAACCGGCCAUUUGAAAAUUCGGCUAAAUUCUAUUCUGGUCAUCCACAUGAGUUUAGUUUCGUGCAUAUUUUUUGGAAAAUUUUAUGUAAAGUGUCCGCUUUAAAUUCGACCUAAAAAAGUUGUGAGCAUUAUUUAAAGUAAUACAUCAUGAUUUUUUAAGUCAACAUAAGUUUGUCUAAAACUUCAACAAAAAAUUUUAUUUUUAAAUUCGCAUGCAUAGCCACACGGCAUUUUUCGACCAGUCUCAUCCGCUAGGCGCACUUCCCUAAACACGUCGAGAAAGAAAGUGUGUAUGCAAGUCUUAUAUUAUAUAACUCUAUGAUGCAAGUACAGUUGAUUCACACAUGUUGAUGUACAUACAUACAUACGUACAGUGUUACAUAUACACUCACUUGAAGAAUUAACCAAUUUUUAAAGAUUUUCAUGUACAUAGUUUAAUGAAGUAAUUUACAAUAUACGCAAAUUUUCGAUAAGUACAAAACCAAGAGUUUAAACAUAUGUACAUAUGUAUAACUUGUUACAAAAUUUGUGUUCCAGUUAAAACGCAAAUGUGCAUCAAGUUUUGAACACUUCCCUUCCAAAAAUUCGACCCGGAAGAAAUGGAGACUCCACAAGAUCUCGCACUAAAUAAUCCAAUUAUUUUGACCGAAAUAUUAAAACAGACCUCAAUUCCUUUGCGAAAUGCCCGACUCGUCUGCAAAUUUUGGAACGAUAUUGUUCUCUCCCUGCCAAAUAGAAGACUUGCCUUUUCCCUGAGGGAUGAAUACACCGAAGACGACGAGCAAGAAGACACAUAUUUAAAAACCGACCCAUUCCACUUUUUCGGAAUAUGUUCCACUUUAGAUAAGCGCCUCGCGAAACGGAUCAGCGCCACAUUUGACACCUGUGAGAUCGACGAAUUUGAAACUCUUCCUUGCUACAUUUACUACUUCGGUGCAAAGCUGAUGAACCUUUGCGACAAGUUUAACGACAUCGUGCAAAUUUUGGAGAUUACCAUUUAUAGCCAUAUCUGUUUCAAAUACAUUUAUCAAGCCUUGCAAAAUUCCUGCCCGAAUUUGACCGAGUUGCGAAUCACUUGUGACAUUCGGAGUUUCGAGAUACCCCACAAUCAGCCCAGGGUGCUAACCGCGAAGCCUAGGUUGACAUUGUUCGCGUUAAAUUGCAAUAUGUCCGAGAGGGAUGAAACCCCCUCAUUUCUUAACAGUUUUUCUCAGGCGGUUGUUAACGUGGCGGCAAAUUUAAGGGAGGUCACCCUUCCGUGGGGAUGUCAUCCCGAUUUGUCCCCCUCUAAAUGUCUCGACUCCUUAAGGAUCGCACUGGGUGAUGAAUUUGAGGAAAAGGAUAUCGUCCACUUUCAAGUUUCUGACCUUUCUCGUAUGCUAAAUCAAGUCACUGACCAGUUAGUAGCCCUGUCCAUUAUGAAGGGCAGUGGAUCUUGGGGCUAUUUCAAGCCAGGAACCUGGAACCGGAUACCGUUCAGUUUGCCGAGACCCAUGCCGAAAUUGAAAACGUAUCGAAACAUGAUGGUCGACAUUUUUGAGUGUACGGAUAUCUUGAAAGAUAUCGAAAAAAUGCCGGGUCUAAAAAACCUCGUGCUUGGAAAGACAGGUACAAUAAGGUCGACGUGUUUGCACGAAAUGUUGGAAACUAUUUGUAACUCGGGCAAGAUUUUGGGAAACGUGACAACCGUAACGAUUAUUGAGAUGCAUGACCCCACGCUUUUGGAAGGAAUUAAGACGGCUUUUCCUAAUUUGGAGAGCUUGGCGUUGAAUACGUACAACGAGAGGGAUUACGCUGGAGCCGUGAGUGGGAUGGAGUUGGGUGUGGUUCUGAAGGCGUGUACGAGUGAGUUGGGGAGGUUGAAGCACUUGAGUAUUAGGCUGCCAUCGUAUCCAGAGCAAAUGAUGGAUGUCAUUAAGGCUCUGCUGGAUUCGAGGGACUUGUAUCAAGGGCUGAAAACGUUUAAACUUUUCGAGACGAGAUUCAAUACGUUGAAACAUGAUUUGACGGAGGACGAAAUGGAUCUGUUUAAGCAACUGCUCUUAGCAAUGAAUGUGAUGGACAAAGUCACCAUUUGGAAUGUUAAGUUUGGCGAAGAAUCAAUGCGAAAUAUUUUAACUUUUAUGACGUCGGAGAAAUUGCCUGUCUCAAAAUUUAUGAUGUUUGGAGGAUGGGCGUAUCGUGCCACGGACCGCGAUUGAUCGGAAUUUUAUUUAGCUUUUUAUUUGAAUAGAUCAGAUUUAAUGUUUUGUAUUAUUUGUAACUUUUAUCUUGCUUAUGUAUGUUUCUAUUUCGCACUAUAUUUAGGUUUCAUUACUACACUCUUGAAAAUAAUGUUACCUUCUUUUGAAAAUAAUGUUACCUUGAAAAUAAUGUUACCUGUUACCUUCUAUGUUUACGAAGUAAAUGCAUUUUCAAGUUUGAA